AUGUUGGACCGCGAUGGUUAUCCAAUUUAUCGUAGGCGUGAUAAUGGUCGUACGAUAAAGAAGAAUGGCAUAGAUCUGGACAGUAGAUAUGUUGUCCCUCACAAUAGGUACUUAUUGUUGAAGUACAAGGCUCAUAUUAAUGUUGAAUGGUGUAAUCAAUCAAGAUCAAUCAAGUACUUAUUCAAGUACGUCAACAAGGGAAAUGAUCGAGUAACUGCUGAGUUCUACAAUAGCACCGUUGACGAAUCCACUGGAAAGGUUGUAGAUGAAAUCAAGAUGUACUACGAUUGUAGGUAUAUCUCACCAUGCGAAGCUGCUUGGAGGAUAUUUUCUUUUGACAUACAAUUUAGGAAUCCUUCAGUGGAACGUUUGAGUUUCCAUCUACCUAAUGAGCAAUCCAUUAUAUUUGAUGAUGGUGAUAAUAUUGACAAUGUUGUUAAUCGUCCCACAGUGUCCAAAAGUAUGUUCACCGCAUGGUUUGCAGCUAAUAUGAAGUAUGAGGAUGCCAAGCAGUUAACUUAUUCAGAAAUGCCUAGGAAAUUUGUUUGGAAGAAAGACAAAAGAGAAUGGCAUCAUAGCCAAAGAAAUUUUGCAAUUGGAAGGAUUUUCUAUGUUCCACCAAAUUGUAGUGAACUAUUUUAUUUGAGGUGUUUACUAAACUUGGUUAGGGGCCCCAAAAGUUUUGAAGAAAUCAAAUUGGUUGAUGGAAUACAAUAUACGUCAUUUAGAGAUGUCUGCUACGCUAGAGGAUUGAUUGAUGACGACAAAAAAUAUGUGGACACAAUUUUGGAGGCAUCACUAUGGGCAAUUGCUUAUUCUGUAAGGAAACUUUUUGUAACGUUGUUGACCUCAAAUUCAAUGUCAAAGCCAGAAAUUGUGUGGGACGCUGUUUGGAUACAUCUAGCUGAAGAUGCGGAAUAUCAAGCUAGGAAAACGUUAGGAUUCCCAGCAUUGGAUAAAACAAUGAGAGGCGUACUGAGAUUCUCUAAUAGUUCAAGCUCAACAAAGACUUUUGGUGGUAAAACUGUUGUAUUAGGGGGUGAUUCAGACAGAUUCUUCCAGUUAUUCCCAAAGGAACAAGACAAGACAAUGUCCAAGCAAGUAUAA